AUGGCCUUAGCACUUCUACUACUGCUAUUGAUAGUUACCGUAUACGUACAGUCACACAAAAGCUGCUGUAUUCCACAUCCUACGAAUAUUCACUGGCUUUCGCAUGCUAAACCCCCGUGUUUGCAUCCUGGACAGCCGAUUUUCGAAUGGCCCGGGGGCAGCGAUUGCUCGCAGAAGUUGGCUUUACAUUCUGAACAGAUCUCUGUGGACGAGACCGGCUUGGUCUUUGCCAAACAAAGACUUUGCUUCUACUCCACCAUUGAAGUGAUUGAGUACACCUACAAGUGCAAGGGCGAUGCUCGCACUGGAAGGUUCAAAAUUGGUCACCCGAAGUUUUCGAAGCAAAGGAGAUUCAAGCGAUGGCUGCGACGGAGAAAUCCCGAUCCUAAUGCGAUACACUUCCAACAAGAGAGCUAUGUGAAAGAACUUCUGGAAUCUGCUAGUCCUGGAACCCUAGUUGUUGCCGUCAAAGCUACACAUGCUGCUGACCAACCCCUAUAUUACUCCCUAGCUGCACCACAAGAUUCUAGAUCACAAAAUAUUUUCACCUUGGAUACGAUCUCUGGUGAAAUUCGCCUCGCAAAAUCGCUCGAUCGCGAAAUUUUGGAUAAGCACGUUCUGAAAGUGACAGCUUAUGAGCGGCUAGAUCCAACAGUGUCAUCGAGUGUGACUGUUACCGUAGACGUCUUAGAUGUGCAGGACAAUAGCCCGAUUUUUGAAAGGGAUUCAUAUUUUGCUGAUAUUCGUGAGGAUGCACCGAUUGGCACCACUGUGCUUUCCGUAUUUGCGCGGGACCUUGAUGCUGGUGAAAAUGGUGAAAUUGUCUAUUCGCUUGCGGAAGGUGAAGGCCACGAUUACCUUUCUAUCAACUCGAAGUCAGGAGUGAUCCAGACUGCGGGCCCACUAGACCGGGAGACUCUUUCUUUGAUUAGGCUAGACGUCAUCGCGACUGAUGGAGGAGAUCCACCACGGCAAAGCACAGCCGUGGUGGAAAUUGGCAUUACUGAUGUUAACGAUAAUGCGCCAAUCUUCGAAAAGGAACUCUACAACAUCAGCGUCAUGGAAAAUGCUACUCUCCCAGCAGUAGUAGCUCAAAUAAGAGCGACUGACAAGGAUAGCGGUGUUAAUGGAAAGGUUCACUACAGUAUCGCUGCCACAUCUUCGGCUCCUUUAACGGUAGAUUACACCACUGGAGAAGUAAUACUUCGGGAACGGGUCGAUGCCAGAAGUUCACCUAUAGCAAUCCUGGCCAGAGCAAAGGAUGGUGCACAACCUGCGCUGAGUUCUACUGUUACUCUCAUGCUUUAUGUCAUAGAUAUCAAUGAUCAUGCACCGACAUUCAUAGCAUCUCAAAAGAAGGUGUUUCUCGAGGAAAACGUCGCAGUGGGCGAGGAAGUUGGGCGAGUUUACGCGAUAGAUGAAGAUUCGGGAGAGAAUGGAGUUAUAAGGUACACUCUCAACGGCUCUCUGGACUUUUCCAUUAAUGCCGAAUCAGGAAUCAUUCGGACAGCUGUUCCACUUGACAGGGAGAGAACAUCACAAUAUGAUCUACAAGUAACGGCUACUGAUCAAGGCAAUCCUCCUCUGAGCUCGUCCACCGAUAUCACAAUCAUAGUGAAAGACGUGAACGACAAUGCUCCAGAAUUUCCACAAAAAGAAUAUAACAUCAGUUUGUCGGAGGAAACAGCUCGAGGGAGUCAGAUCAUUGUGCUGAAAGCUGAAGACAAGGAUGCUGAACAAAAAAUCGUUUACCGUAUCGAGCAUAUGGAUCGUGAUGUUGUUGCUUUGAUAGAUCUUGGUGAACAGGGUGCUCUACUGACAUUGUCGGGUCAGCUGCGCAGUGCAGAUAACCUCAUCAAGCUGGAAAUUUCUGCAACUGAUCAAGGAGGAUUACAAGGCCGUUGUCGAGUAAACCUCAUUGUUGAAGACGUCAACUCUCCUCCUUUCUUCAAAGAUCAACCUUUCACCGUUCGCAUUCCAGAAGACUCUCCCAUUGGGUUCCAUGUCGUUACAAUAAAGGCUGAGGACACGGACCAGGGUACUAAUGCUCAGUUGACCUACUCGAUCGACUCAAAUGAGUUUGACAUCGAUAAUGCGACGGGAUUGAUCACCUUGAGGAAGUCUCUAGAUCGAGAAAAGCAGUCAAGCUAUUUAAUCGCUGUGACAGUCAGUGACGGAGCUGUUCCACCUCUGAAUACCACUACUCAACUGGAGGUUAUCGUUGAUGAUGUAAACGACAAUGCUCCAAAAUUCUCUACUCAAAACUACACCGCUUCCAUCCCAGAAGACAUUCCCGUUGGCACGUCUUUCAUGCAGGUUUCUGCAGUCGACCUGGAUGUUGGCAACAAUGGAAUCGUGGAUUAUUUUCUUAACAACUCUGGCGCUUCUCCUAUCUAUGACCUUUUUCGCUUGGACAGAACUUCAGGCACUCUCAGAGUCAAUUCAAAGCUGGACCGAGAGCAAACGCCCACCAUCGAACUUAACAUAUACGCACGAGAUCGUGGCAAGCCUCCGCUUACCUCUUCUUCGUUGAUUACCAUUGCUCUUACUGAUGUCAACGAUAAUGCUCCAAAGUUCGACCAAACAUCCUACGACUUGUACAUCGCAGAAAAUUCUCCGAUUGGAAGCACCGUUGGUACAAUAAUGGCCACUGAUCCUGACGAGGGAGAUAAUGCGAAGAUACAGUUCCGAAUUUUUGGAGGAGCCGAUGCUAAGCUUUUUGACCUGGAAGUUGACGAAAAUCAGCCUGGAGUGGUCCGGAUCUUGACUCGUGCUGAGUUCGACUACGAAGCAAAGAACAACAAGUUUUAUUUGGAAGUGCAGGCCACCAGCGGUCAACUGAGUUCCACUGUGAUUCUGCGAGUGCAUGUCUCCGAUGUUAACGACAACCGGCCCGUCCUUAACGACUUCAUUGUGCUCAUCAAUAGGUUUGAAUCAGAGACGUCUAUAACGCAUGUUGGGACUGUACCGGCAUUUGAUCCCGACCAGAAUGCUACCUUAGAAUUUUUCAUGGAAGAAAAUCAGCUUCUAACGGUGGAGAAAUUUACUGGCAAACUGGUUUUGAAGAGUCAAUGGAAGAGAAAUAUCGACACGAAUCUUAAAACUUGUGUUUCUGAUGGUCCCAAUCGAGUUUGUGCUAGUUGUCGCUUCAUCCACGUUCAUCUGACCCAGGAUUUGCUUCGAGAGGCGGCAACUCUAUUUUUACCCAAAAUGUCGUUGGAUGACUUUUGGGACCCUCCGGUUUUCAAUAGAUUCAGGCAAUCACUGGCAGCAUUGGAUACUUGGGACGAACAGAAUAUCUUUAUCGUAGGGGCACAACAUGCUGCCGAAGGGGUAGAGGUCAAUCUGGUGGUGAUGGACAGAGGGCGGCUUGUAAAGUCUUGGAAAGUGGAAGAUCUUCUGCGAUCCGAAGUGAAAAAGAUCGAGCGUUUGUCGUUGAUGAAGGUGGAAGUGGUGCGAGACGAAAGCUGCGCUAAGGAGCCUUGUCCAUACUAUCAGAAAUGCCGACAAACUCUCAAGCAUAUUGAUGCUAUUGACAUCUACCAAACUGACAGUUUCAUUGCAAGGACGGUGAAGACACUGAAGACAUUUGUGUGUGAAUGUCCGCCUGGAUUUUCAAGCUCAGUUGAUCUACCCGGUCAAUGCGAUUUGCGUAUGGAUCAGUGCUACAGUAAUCCGUGUCGUAACAAUGCCACCUGCCAUCCACUUGAAAAUGGAUACAGAUGCGAAUGCAAGCCAGGCUGGAGAGGUGAACAAUGCGACAUCGCGUUCAGUUCCCUGACCUGCAUUCCGGGAUACUGUAAAGGAGGAUCGGUUUGUGAACUCAUCGGAGCUGAGAUGAUGUGCAAGCACUGUGGCUAUGCUGCUACUGACUCUGACGAAAGAUGCAGACUUCGUUCGCUGGGUUUCGAAGGAAGAGGGCUUGUAAAUAUCAACAAGCAGCUGAGCAGAUUGGAGUGGGAGCUAAGCUUCAGAAUAGCAACAAUCGCACGCGAUGGAGUGAUGCUGUUUUCCGGCGACCGUAACUCGGACUUCAUUGAAAUUUCUAUCCAUGACCGUGUGCUGCAAGCUGAGUUCUCACUUGGAGGAAAGCCAAAAUUAGUUCGCAUGGAGAAUGAGCGGAAAAAUCGCGUGAACGAUGGCGAAUGGCAUACUGUACGAGUACUCUACUACGAUAGGCACCUCACGAUAGCUUUGGAUGAAUGUGAUCCAUACAUCGCUCUACAUGCUCUUGGUUCUGCUUCAUGUGCAGCCCAAGCAAAAAUUGACCUACCCGCCAAAUGUAUUGACCCCUCUGUCCCAUGCUAUCGGUAUUUGGAUGUUUACAAUGGUAUCUUCUUAGGAGGUCGCCCGACACUAUCGGGGAAAGUGGAAAACGGAUACUCAGGCUGCAUCUCCAACCUCACCCUCAACAAGGAGCUGAUUGAGUUCACAUCGUUGGGUGACAUGGACGUACGAGGAACUGUACAUGAAGGUUGCAAACAGCGAAAGAAUUUCUGUGGCGAAGGAGUCUGUGCAGCAAAUGCAAAAUGCGUCAAUCGUUGGAAUGGUGCCAACUGUCGGUGUCCUCACUCGAGCCAUCAUAGAGGAUCUUGUAAUGCAGAUGUGGUUUCACCCCACAGUCGACCUCUUACCCUCACUGAUGACGAAUCUUUUGUCAUCUAUCGUCCUUUGGAAAUUUCCGUCCCAUUCACACUCAGCUUCGAGUUUCGAACCUCAAGGAGUGACACCCAAGUUAUUGUCGUCGAGUUUGAGCAACGCAGCACCUUUUAUAGGAUUGAGCUGGACGACGGUCUUUUACGUGUAUAUCUUGGACAUUCUUCCGUACUCUUUGAUGCUCCAGAAGAACAUCCGGGGCACUGGACGAGAGUUGAGGUAGAAUUCAAAGAGGAAGAAGUGAAAACCACGAUCGAUGGGGUUUAUGAAACGAUUUCAAAACACUCGAUGUUCGACAUGACUUUGGAUCAAAUUUACACCGGCUUGGCACCUUCUACCGGUCACCCGUCUCGUUUCGAAGGUUGUUUGAGGGAUUUGACGCUGAAUGGUGAGCCACAGCCAGUGAGCGAAAAGGGAAAGGUACGCCAAGGAUGCAUUGUCGCAAAUCGCUGCAAUGUCGAUGGAGUAUGUCCAAAGGAAAGUGCAUGCCAGAGGGAAUGGAAUAGGCAUUCUUGCAAGUGCCACAGAGGUUUUGCUGGCGACACCUGUCUCCCGGUCUGUUCCAUUCCUGGAAUUUGCGCUUCUAACGGAUUUUGCCUCACGACGAACAGCACCCACGGCUACGAUUGCCAAUGUCAAGCUGGUUAUGUGGGAGUAAAUUGCGAACGUCUGGCAGCCAUACAAGCAUGUCCGCAAGGCUAUUGGGGAAAAUUCCCGCACUGUCGGAAAUGCAUGUGCUCUGAGGGCUUCGAAAUGCAGUGUGACAAAGAUAAUGGAGAAUGCAAAUGUCCCAAAUUCCAAUUCCCGCUGCAAGGACGAUGUGUUAAUUGUGAAUGCGGAUAUGGUGCUACUUCUCUACAGUGCUCAGUAGAUGGUCAGUGUCAGUGUAGCGGUCAGGCUAGUGGAAGGAGGUGUGACAGGUGUAAAAUGGACCAUCACGUCCUCGAUCCGAAAACUCUGAAAUGCCUGUCUGCUCGAAAUCAUUGCCCCUCACAGAUCGAUUAUGGAAUCCAGUGGCCUACAACCGCAAAAGGAAUGACUGCCAGGCAGUCUUGUCCUGCAACGCAAAGUGGACUAGCUACAAGAGAAUGUGGACCUGAUGGACGAUGGCAAGAAGUCAAUUCUUUUAACUGUACUCGACCUGAAUAUGGCGUUAUGGUGUCCAAGUACGAUGUCCUAAACUCACUCGAGCUGCUAACAAUGCUUCACAAUGCCACACGUGGACCAGAUUCAGUGACUGGACGAAAUCUUGAGAUUGCUCGAACAGCACUGGAUAGAAUUCUUGAUGCCGAACUGAGGCUGGAUCAUUUCGAGCAGAAUCAUCUGAAGGACACCUGGUUCACCGAGUCUCUAGCGCUAACGGCCGGAAAAAUUUCUUCUCAUGAAGAUCCACAAACUUAUUUGGAUCUUGUGAAGAAGCUGGCAGCCUACAGCAAAGCAGUGUUCAAUGCACACGAGCGAAUGCCAUACCUGCAGCCAUUCCAGUUCGCCUCGGAACAUAUAGUAUUUUCGAUGGAUGCACUUGAUUUCUCAAACACUCUUCCAAAAUACAAUAAUUUUAUCGAUCAUCGUCCUGAGGGCUUUCCAUACAUUUCAAUCCAAGUAGAGAAUUCCACUAGGGCUUUCUACAGUAUACUAGCUAACCCACGCUGCACUCAUUGUGAGACACCCAUUGUUACCGUAUUUUCAAACACGAAUCAACCAAUCAGAGUAGAGUUCGAAUUGGACGAAACUACCGGCUGGAGAUAUCCUGAAUGCGUGCUUCUUCAUGACUCUCAGUCAUCAUGGUCAACUCACCAUGCUCAUCUUGUCGCGCUCAAUUUGUCUCAUGCUGUUUGCGAAUUUUCCACUGGUGGAGUGUAUACAAUCUUUGCCAAGCAAGAUUCUGGCUCAUAUGUUCGAAUCUCAUACUCGACCACGAUGCUAUCCCCAGUAUUGGCUGGUGCAUCACUGCUGCUCUGUUUGAUCUCCGUCAUCCUGACCUUAGCUAGGCGAGGAGCGCGAGCACAACUGAUUAGGCUCGGCUUCAUUCUCACAUUCAUUAUGAAUGCUGCUAAUCUCUACCUCUUGAACAAAACAGCUGUUAAUCAGACUUUUUGCCCAGUGCGAAAUGCCAUUCUUGCAAUCACUUCUUUGGCUCCAUUUGCCUGGUUAUUCCUGUACUCUCUUCAUCUCUACCGUAUGCUUGCUGAGGGAAGAGCAAAAACAAGCUUUGUGCUCUGCUUUAUUCUUGGGAUUAUGAUGCCAAUUCUAUCGGGAUGCGUGUCAUUCCUACUAGCAACACAGUGUUCCCUUGCUCCUCAAGAAUGGCUAUUUUGGAUGCUCGUCGCUCCGAUUGGCUUGAUGUUACUGCUGUCAUUCUACUCGUCAGCCACCUCAUUCCUUGUUUCUUCCAACAAGCAGUUUGACGUCAUCGUCGUCAAAUUCCAUCUGAGACGAGCCAUUUGUCAACAUUUCAUGCUGUGUUUCCUGACACUUCUUCACACUUCUGUUGCCUUAUUUUCGACUCUAUUCAAUAUCUCUAGUCCUCUGAAGGAGCUCACAAACAACAUCACUCUCGUAGUCGCUGCACUUUACAUCUUCAUAUGGAGCAUGUGUCCAGGUGGAAAGGAUUCUCCAAAUACAACAACAACCAUGUGGCUUGAUGCACCAGCGAAAAGCAACAUGGCUGAAUCGGCCGUCUUGCGUUGUGAAAGCCCUGUCGUCUCGGAUGAAGAAAAGCACGAGAAUUGGACCCCGGAAGCGAUUCCAUGUGAUCCAUUCUUGACUUCGACGCCGAUCAAAGACCAACGCGUGGAAAGCCGAGAACGAGAUAGAGAAAAUCCUAUUGCUAACGCUAUUCUAUCACCAGCUGACAAGAUCUUGAGCGAUGGCCUUGGCCAUGUUUAUGGCAACAUGGGCACCCUGCCAAGGUUCAGAACUGAAGCGGACGAUGCUGAUGAUGCAUAUUACACUUACACAGCAUCUAGAAGAUAUAAACAGUCCACAUUCAACAAGCCGUAGACAGCUAGAAUUACUU